AUGGCAGUUGAUGUUCCAUGCCAGGCCCAAGGAUCUGUAUCAAACGAAAUGGAAGGCCUUGCGCAGAGCAUACAAUUGCUGUCGGAGAAAACCCUCCGAGAUAUCGCCAAAGGUCCAUUGGUGAAAUUCACACUGACAUGCCAAGAGUUUGAGAAGGUGACUCGGGUAUGGCAGUCAUUGAUAGAGACGCUAUCGAGAGCAUCCAUCUCGCCAUCUCAUUCUGCAGAGGCAUGCAAUGCGGCCUCUGCUUUUAUUGAUGCUGCUGUCAAGUCGCAAUGUGAUGCGACCAAGCAGUUGAUUCUGUCACAAGAAGCAUGGCUGUCAAUAUUUGAGGUUUGUCUGCAUCGAUAUGAAGAUGCCAAGCCAAAGCCCAUUAAGAAACUCUUGCUUUCAAUCAUUACCAUCCUAGCCAAAAACCACCAAGGCGCAACCAGAACAGCCUUGCAGACUGCGGUCAUUGAAGCCUUAAUACCUAGUAUUGUACUUGGUGAGCCCCAAUCACAACUAAAGGCGUCACUGGUAUUCCUCGAAUCUUUCAUCAGGAAGGAUGCUAUACUACCCGGCGAGUUUAUCUCAUCGAUGCGUCAAUGGCUCUUGGAAAACCACGCAAAGUGGUCAACAAGUUUUGCCAACGAUCAUGAAGACUUGUCCCCAGGCGGUUCAGAUCCCACUGUUGACGUGGCAUCUGGCAAUCUGUCCAACGAACUAGCAGUCAGGAUCUUUGUUCUCGGGCUUUUGAUCCAAACCAACAACAGAACGAUGGCUGUGGCGGCUGGCAACGUACUGUCAAUCUUGCUUCAGAAGUUGAAACCUGAGACAUCCCCUGAUGAACUGUCAGCGAUAUGGGUAACUCCAGUAAGACGCAUGGUUCUGCAAAACAUGGAAACUUUGGAAGAUCUCUCCAAUCGACUCCUGCAACCUCUGUUCGCUGUUGAUCCCCACGGAUUCAAGAUCUUCCUCAACACGCUUCCAGUCAAGAGCCUUCUCAAAGGUGACAUGACCGAUGCCCCCGAAGCUGAGUAUAUGGUUCUUUUCGCUGCGUUGCAAAUUGGCAAGAAGAUCAACUUGGUUCACGAAGAUUAUAUCUUCAAUUUCGGCAAAGCUAAGCUCGAUAAGAAUGAGGUUCUGAUCAUAAAAAGCGACGUGAUUGGCAAUUUCCUCUUGCAUAGUGAAGCCAAUAUCCGCAUCGCGGCUCUUUCGCUGUUGAUCACGGCAUUUUCCACAAUCAAGCCAUUCACAGUGGGGGCAACAAAGGCUAUCCUUCGUGGUCUUCCAUCUAUGCAUGCUGAAUCUGAUGCACACACUCGAGGAGAGAUUUUGAGCUUGACACGCAAAUUCCUUGUUCGUCUCAAGGGUGGAGUCGUGAAGGACGAAGACGCUACUUCAACAACCAAAGAGACCCCGAACAAGCCAGGCUCGGGUCACAGCAGGAACGAGACUGAGACCAAAGACUUUUUGAGUGCUUACUUGAAGAUGUUGGGGCACGACUUGCGUCUGGCAGCCUCAUACCCUCGCCAUAUCACCGCUCUCAAGGCCUUGAAGCUUCUGUUAGACUCUGGUCUCGACCCACGGAUAGACUUCAAGCUUCAAAAAUCAGAGGCAGAGAAUUAUUGGAAAGUUCAGGUUGAAGUCUUCGAUACUCAACUACUGCGUUUGUUGAUCGAUCUCCUGCUCGAUCCAUUCGAGGAAGUCAGACACACUUCGCUCUCAAUCUUGAGCAUGUGUCCUAGAGAGGUACUACUCAAUGGUUUGGAGAAUAACACUGAUGACCAGUCGGCCGUUGGCAUGCGGUUGACGGAUGCAAUUGUUCGAGCUGAAAAUCUAGCAAGCAGCACGAGUAGAGCUGACCAUGCUGACACCGUUGCUCGUCUUUAUCACAUCAUCUUUUGCGCAGCGCUGCCAGCCCGUUCGGGUCAACAGGCCCCCAAUUGGUGGACAACCAAGGCUUCGGUAGUCGACACAAUCUUGCACAAGCUCGAGGAACGUCUACUAAAUUCAAAGAGCCUUUUCAACUCUGUUACGCGCGAGGCACCACUUCAUGGAUAUACGUCCGGUCUCAGAUACAUUGUGCUUAUGCCAAAUUUCCACUCUUUGAUAUCCGAAGGAUCGGACUCUGCCGCCUGGAGGUCUGUGCAUGAUCGCAUCGUUGCCAUUUGCGAUAAGAUCUGGAAGGAAGCAAAGCCCUUGCUGUGCAUUGACUCACCUGAAGGUCACUCUGACGAGCCCACAGAAGAUCUGAAUGUGGGUCCCAAGGAUGCUCUGUCUUAUUCCUGGAGAUCACUUCGCGAAUCAAGUCUUCUACUCCAUGCGACCCUGUUGAAUACCAGCUACGGACCGAGCGGGAACGACGGACUCACCCGAGCCGACUUUGCAAAUAUUGGAGGCGCAAGCUUCACACAGUUGGCUGAACUUCGCCACCGCGGUGCGUUCACCAACGUUUCACAGACGUUUGCCACAUGUUGUCAACGAUGCAGUUCCUCGAAGGACCCAUCAAUCCGGGAACUUCCUAGGACUUGGUACCUGGAAGCCAAGUCAACUAUAUUUGAGUCAGCAUCCCAACUUACACGUCGCUCCGCUGGCAUACCUGCAAUGGUGACUGGCAUUGUUGGCUCUGAUCCUGGAACACCUUUUUUCACCGACGCCAUAAAUGAACUCCACGAAAUCUCUUACCUUCCUGUACAGUACGACAAAGAAAGACAAUAUCUGGAGCUACCCCAGGUUCAUGCCAUGAACUGCCUGAAGGAUAUUUUCACGAACGCGAAACUCGGCCCCCAUACCGAGCCCUUUAUCAUGAAGGCUUUGACGCUAUCUGCCGAGCGCCUUGGGUCACCAAUUUGGGCCCUUCGAAAUUCAGGAUUGAUGUUGUUCCGUGCCCUGCUUACAAAAAUGUGUCGUGUCAUUCCCGGCGCUGGGCCCGGCUUUGGAGGAAACUCGGGAUCGGAACCGGGAUCCAGAAUCACAUUCGCCAAAUAUCCCGGUCUGCUUGAGCUACUUUCUGGUCUGCUCGCAAAGACAGAGGGCGAAGCAGCGGAGGGUACAGAUAUUAUUACCGAGCGCGUCUUCCCUGCUCUGGAACUAGUUGGCGACAAGCUUCCCAGCCUGGACGAUUCUACUGAUGAGAUGCUGCGUGAGUUGGUGCUUCAACACCUGAGUAGCCCUGUCUGGGGCGUUAGGGAGCAUGCGGCCCGUGUAUACGCCUCUCUACUCACCAGGCAAACUAUACCUGAAGCUUUGCAGAAACUCGUUCUGCUCCCUUCCAGGACUACCGAGAACUACGUCCAUGGUGUUGCUUUAUGCGUGCGAUAUGCUCUUCGCCGGUAUUCCUUUACGACUGAUGAAUUUUGGACUUCAAACCUUGAUCACCUUUUUGCGAGCCUGCGUCUUAUACUAGACGUCUUGUUCCGAGUUGGCAAAUCGCCAUCUGUGGCAUCUGAGUUGGUUGAGAUUAUAAAUGGCACUCUGGAACGAGCCAUCCAAGCACAGAGCGAAGACAAAGUUAUUUCCUUCGUUAAUGAGAUGUUUGAAGCACACGACCUCGAUGGUAUCUUAUCAUUUGUUUUUGAUGCAUCUCAAGCAGGCUGGAAUCUCUCAAGCAUCAGUCGCGCCUCUGCCCUACUUAGAAGAGCUCUUGCUUGGUGCAAGAUACUGAAAAUGCUCGCAUCCCAGCAGUUGGAACAGCUCUCAGCCUUUUACCUUGGAGUAGCCCAAUUCGAUGCUGAUGUCGCUCGUUGGAUCUCCGAGCAGCUCCACGACAUACUCGGUGAAAGUCAGAAGUAUAGACAGCCGUUGGCUGAGCUAUAUGCAUCGAUGGUUUUGGGAGAUUGUCGACCUGAUGUGAAGACUAUGGCUGCAUCCAAUCUCGCAUCUAUCCUGGAGGUCUUGAUACCAUCACAAUUCGAUAUUGUGUUAGGCAUGGAUCUUCCAUGGGAGGCCAUCUCAGAUAGCUUCCAGCCCCAGACAGAUAUCACGACCUGGAAUCGAGAGGCAACUGAUGCUGAGCUCCGACUUGGAGGCUGUCUGUUGGCUAUCCGCUUCUCUGCUAAGGAAUCUUCGUCCUCAUUCGAAGGCGAUAUCCACACUUGGACUAUCAAGCUGCGCUCAGCUUUGAGCGAAGAAACAGAAUUCACUACCCGGUUCGCCGCAGCCGUAUCCGUCGGUAGCUUCUCACGGACUCUUCGACCCUCGGGUGCCCAGCCACGCACGGACACGGUGCUGCUAGAUGUAUAUCUCGCUCUUUAUGAUAUGCUCAAUGAUGACGAUGAUGAGAUUCGUGACAUUGCUGCCUCAACCGCCUCUUGGGUAUUGUCACACUCCUCUGUCUCGCCGGAUGCCGAUGUGGCCCUGGCACCUCUCAAUGCAGGUGCCCUUCUUGCCGACUUUGUCAUCGAUAAUUACUUCGAAUCUGCCCUUCUCGGGCACCGCGUGCUUAAGUAUUUGACCGGCCAAGAAUCAAGGAUCAGUGACUCUGACGAACGAAGCCGCCUCAUCUCUGUGUCAGACCAAAUCACAGAGCAUAGGCAGGAAAGCACUGUCCUCUUCGUGGAGGAGAAACAGAAUCUCUUCAUUGAUGAUGUACGCGAAGUCGAACUUUGGUCUCGGGCUCUGUUGCGUCUAGCUCCCUCUAUGCACACUCAGAUCCCCAUUCGCGAGAUGGCCUCCUGGGCCUUCGAUGGAUUAUCAUAUAUCUGUUCUUUGGUCGGUUCUGGGGCGGAAUCAGAUGGACUCAUUGGCUGGGUCUCGAAACCCGAGAUAUUCACCCUCGGUUUCCGUGUUAUUGUCAUCUCAUCUGCUCUGGGAUCGAGGAACCUCCCAGCACCAGAGAGCCUUCCCAUAGAGCCGGAGGUUUUCCGGGAAUUGUUACAAUCUCUUCUGACUGCUGGUAGGCUAUCAGCUGUUCAUGGGGAUUGGCUGUCGAGAAUACAGACAGCAUUGGAAAAGUGA